CCUCAUAUACAGAUGAUGAGAGAUUCAGAGACAGAUUGGAGAUGAACCCUGAGACUGGGGAACUCACUAUCACAGAUAUCAGACAGACAGAUGAAGGAGUUUAUACACUACAGCUGACCAAAGCUGAUGGAAAAAUCACAUACAGAAUAUUUAAUGUAGAUGUCAUUGCCAAAGCUCAAGGAAACAAUAAGAUCCAGCCGAUCUCAGUGGAAGCUAUGCAGGGAACAUGUGUCACUUUAUACACUAAAGUUAAAAUACAAGAACGUGAUAAGAUGAAGUGGACUUCAGAAGAUAAAAGCACUCUUGUAGCUGGAAUGAAUGGAGACGACAGCAAGACUUUAUAUACGGAGGAUGAGAGAUUCAGAGACAGACUGAAGAUGAACGCUCAGACUGGAGAUCUCAUCAUCAGAGAUAUCAGAGAGCGAGAUAAAGGAGUUUAUACACUACAGUUGAUCAACACUGAUGGAAAAAUCAAAUAUAUACUAUUUAAAGUUGAUGUAUUCGUACCAGCCAAAGUUCAUGGAAACAUUCAGAACCGGCAGAACUCGGUGCAAGCUAAGAAGGGAGGAUCUGUCACCAUACUCACUGAAGUUAAAAUACAACAAGGUGAUGAGGUAGAGUGGACGUCAGAAGAUAAAACCAUUCUUGUAACUGGAAUGAAUGGAGACAGGAACAAGACUUCAUAUACAGAUGAUGAGAGAUUCAGACGCAGACUGGAUAUGAACCCAGAGACUGGAGAUCUCACCAUCUUAGAUAUCAGUCAAACAGAUAAAGGAGAUUAUACACUACAGCUGACCAAAGCUGAUGGAAAAAUCGCUUACAUAGUAUUUAAUGUUGAUGUUAAUGCAGACGCUCAAGGAAACUUUCAGAUCCAGCUGAAAUCAGGUCUUGGAAACAUUCAGAUCCGGCCAAACUCAGAUUCAGCAGGUGUCAGUGAUGAAUCAGUGGCGGUUACGAUGCCUUUACUAAAACAAGAAGCAGGUAGAUCCUCAUCAUCAGCAAUGUAACAUCAUCAACAUCUACAGCAUACCUGUCAACAUUUGGAUUCCAAAAUCUGGGAGACCUCAGGAGGGGGGGGGGGUCUGGGGGUAGCAAAGAGAGACAGUCUGCAUUCGAUUUUAUAGCGCUAAAAAUGUUAACAUGCAAAACCCUUCUCUACUUUCAGCAACCUCUCAAUGCCUCCUCAUAUUUUUCACUUUAGGAAACCUUAGUCUUGCGUAGCCAGGCCUUCAAUACUGAAGGUCUGUUUUUUGCUGCUUUUUCUGGACAAAGCCCACCCACGAGCUGUUUGACCAACAUGUCAAACAACCAAUCACAGUUUGUUUCAUCUAGCGUCACCUUUCGGACUCCCCACAAUAACGAGCCGGCUGGCAACAAGUCAGUUAUUGAAAUAACCAGCCGCAACCGAAUAGCAUCU